AUGGCCGGAUCGACGGAACUCCCUACCAAGGGCGGCUUCAGCUUCGACCUGUGCCGCAGGAACGCCAUGCUGGAGAAGAAUGGCCUCAAGAUGCCCGGGUUCAGGAAGACCGGGACUACCAUCGUCGGCCUCGUGUUUGCGGAUGGAGUUGUUCUUGGGGCAGACACAAGGGCAACCGAGGGUCCUAUAGUUGCUGAUAAGAACUGCGAGAAAAUUCAUUUUAUGGCACCAAACAUAUAUUGCUGCGGUGCUGGAACUGCUGCUGACACAGAGGCUGUGACAGAUAUGGUCAGCUCCCAGCUACAACUUCACCGUUAUGCUACUAGCCGUGAGUCAAGAGUUGUAACCGCUCUUACACUACUGAAGACACAUCUUUUUAACUACCAAGGUCAUGUCAGUGCUGCUCUCGUUCUUGGCGGAGUAGAUGUCACUGGACCACAUCUACACACUGUUUAUCCGCAUGGCUCCACCGAUACUCUUCCUUUUGCCACGAUGGGUUCUGGAUCCCUUGCUGCAAUGUCAGUGUUUGAGUCGAAGUACAGAGAAGGCCUCACAAGGGAGGAGGGAAUUGCACUUGUAGCUGAGGCAAUCCGUGCUGGUAUCUUCAAUGACUUGGGAAGUGGCAGCAACGUGGAUGUUUGUGUGAUAACCAAGGGGAACACAGAGUACUUGAGAAACCACGAGUUACCAAACCCAAGGACUUUUGUCAGCUCGAAGGGAUACAGCUUCAACAAGGGGCAUACCGAGGUAUUGUCUACAAAGAUCACGCAGCUGAAGCUGAAGCCAGAGGUCGCUGAUGGUGAUGCAAUGGAAGAGUGA